UGGGGUAAACGUAACGCUUUUGAUUGGUAAAAUCAACGAUACUGGGUCCUUUAGAUCCAUCCAUCCAAGGCGACCCUAAUCAGGUGAUAGGCGAGGAUCCACUCUCAAACUUCUGCCCACAGUCAAUUCUAGCCGCACCGAAAUCUAAAGCAACUGGGACUUUUUUCUGGCCGAAAAGUCACAACUCUCCAACUUCCAACCUCGUCACACCGAACUUCCCACAGAACUCGAAGUCUCAGUCUCCGCCCCAAAUCGCGGUUAAAUCGAUUGAUUACUCGUGUUCUUCACAUAUCUCAACAAAUCAACAAAAAUGAAGCACCUCGCAGCUUACCUUCUUCUCGGCCUCGCCGGCAACUCCUCUCCCUCCGCUUCCGACAUCAAGGAGGUCCUCGACUCCGUCGGUAUUGAGGCUGACGAUGAGCGUCUCGAGACCCUCAUCUCUGAGCUCAAGGAUAAGGACAUCAACGAGUUGAUCACUGAGGGCUCUAGCAAGCUUGCCUCCGUUCCCUCUGGCGGCGCUGGUGGCGCUGCUGCUGGUGGCGGUGCCGCUGCCGGUGGUGCUGCCGCCGCUGAGGAGAAGGCUGAGGAGAAAGAAGAGGAGAAGGAAGAGUCCGACGAGGACAUGGGCUUCGGUCUCUUCGACUAAGCAGAUUUCGUACGUGUUCAAGACAACGAAGUCAUGGGUUUCUGGUGGAGUGGCACAAAAAUGGGCUGUGGCGGUCUUGCAUGGUAUUCGGCGCGGAAUGGUCUGCGUUUGAUCAACUAGGGUAUCUAGAGACGGUUCAGGCAAAGGCGAAUACAGUCCUGCUUCUCCAGAUUUUGAUUUGUGUCCCAUCUCGGGAAUUGAAUGGUGAAAUGUGCUCGUAGCUUCCUGCUGCUGCUUUCCAGAUAAGGACUGAUUUCGUGAUAGUCAAAUUUGCAUCAGGUGUUUGCAGUUUCUGUUAUUUGGACGGCUAUGAUCGGAUAUGGAUGAUUAUGUAAGUACAUAGCAUAUGUGUGAAAUCUAGUUUAAGAGCUUUGGAUUUUGGAAUGGGUUGCUGAUAAUUCCAUGCGUUUAACAGCUCCCAUUCCUUGACUUGAAUGUUGCAAUCGGCUUUGCCUAACCCGGUAGAGGAGCAUGUGGGUUAAACAGGAUAGACUGUUUUAUGCAAACAGUCAAAUUGUAUGUACGCCCAGUGCAUAAACAUAGUUCC